AUGUCACGUAUCCUUCGACCGGCCGCCCGCCUGGCGCUCUCAUCACGAGCCGCUACCAUCAGGCCUUCCGCCGCUUCCACCUUCACCCAGGUUCCCCGAGCCGUCACCACUCCCGUCUUCUUCGGCGCUCAACAGAGCAGGAAAUAUGCUGAGGGGGCUGGUGUCAAGGAGUAUACUGUUCGAGAGGCGCUGAACGAGGCUCUCGCCGAGGAGCUCGAGUCUAACUCCAAGGUCUUCAUCCUUGGCGAGGAAGUUGCUCAGUACAAUGGUGCCUACAAGGUUACCAAGGGUCUUUUGGAUCGCUUCGGCGACAAGCGUGUCAUCGACACUCCCAUCACCGAGUCCGGUUUCUGCGGGCUCGCCGUUGGUGCUGCUCUGAGCGGUUUGCACCCUGUUUGCGAGUUCAUGACCUUCAACUUCGCCAUGCAGGCCAUUGAUCAGAUCGUCAACUCUGCCGGAAAGACCCUUUACAUGUCCGGCGGCAUCCAGCCAUGUAACAUCACCUUCCGCGGCCCCAACGGCUUCGCCGCAGGUGUCGCUGCUCAGCACUCCCAGGACUACUCGGCCUGGUACGGCAGUGUCCCUGGCCUCAAGGUUGUCUCCCCCUGGAGCGCUGAAGAUGCCAAGGGUCUGCUCAAGGCUGCUAUCCGCGAUCCUAACCCCGUCGUCGUCCUCGAAAACGAACUCAUGUACGGCCAGUCCUUCCCCAUGUCCGAGGCCGCUCAAAAAGAUGAUUUCGUGCUGCCCUUCGGCAAGGCCAAGGUGGAGCGUGCCGGAAAGGAUCUCACCAUCGUCUCCCUCUCCCGAUGUGUCGGCCAAUCCCUAGUCGCGGCCGAGAACCUGAAGAAGAAUUAUGGGAUCGAGGCCGAGGUUAUUAACCUGCGCUCUGUCAGACCCCUUGACAUUGAGACCAUCGUCAAAUCCGUCAAGAAGACCCACCGCCUCCUUUCCGUUGAGUCUGGUUUUCCCCACUACGGUGUUGGUGCCGAGAUUCUUGCUCUGACCAUGGAGUACGCUUUCGACUACCUUGAUGCCCCUGCUCAGCGAGUCACUGGCGCCGAUGUGCCCACUCCCUACGCUCAAAAGCUGGAGGAGAUGAGCUUCCCUACCGAAAAAGUCAUUGAGGAUUACGCCGCCAAGUUGUUGCGAGUUUAA